CCGCCGUCGCGGCGCUGUGCCCGUCCCCCCUCCGCGCGCGCCUGGUGGCGGCCCCCGGCCCCGGCUCGUCCUGCCCCCCCUCCCUCAGCGACGUGACAGAGGCUGCGGCCGCCCUGGGGGCGCGGCUGGCGGGGACCGUGGGGCAGGCCUGGGCAGUGGCUCUGCAG